AUGGCGGCCACUAAUGCCAAGUCCGUGUUGUUCGUUUGUUUGGGUAAUAUAUGUCGAUCCCCGAUAGCGGAAGCUGUCUUUCAGAAGAUGGUAGCUGACGCCAAAGUUGCAGAUCAGUGGAGAAUAGAUAGUGCUGCCACUUCGACAUAUGAGAUAGGAAGCCCUCCUGAUCACCGUGGGCAGGCCUGCAUGAAACGCCAUGAUGUACCCAUGAGGCACAUAGCCAGACAGUGGGUCAUAGACAGUGGUGCCACUUCUGACUGGAACACAGGCAGCUCCCCAGAUUCCAGAGGCCUGGCUUGUCUAAAGAAACAUGGCAUUGAAACCAGCCAUAGGGCACGACAGGUGACCAAGGACGAUUUCCAGACCUUUGAGUAUAUUCUGUGCAUGGACGAGAACAACUUAAGUGACUUGGAAAAGAAGGCCAAGUCUGUACAAUCUGCCAAAGCCAAGAUUGAGCUUCUAGGUUCAUAUGACCCUCAAAAGCAGCUGAUCAUCAAAGACCCUUAUUAUGGAAGCGACAAAGACUUCGAGACGGUGUACGAACAGUGCGUGCGAUGCUGCAAAGCUUUCCUGGAGGCGAACUCUUAA